AUGGCAGCGCCAACAUCAACACCAACAGGCAAUGAUGCCAAUCUCACAGCUAAAAGACUCAAUGUCCUAGUCUAUUCCGGUUCGCUCACCAAUUCCGCCUGGAAAAUGAGCCGCUUUCUGACCGACAAACUCGACACAGGAACCGGAACCACCGUCGACUCUGUUCGCCAUUGCGUCUACACCUUACGCCGCCUACUCGCCCAAAACUAUGCCGUCACCCCGGUGACAGGUGAGAUGCUCCUCAAUGAGCCGUGGACUGCGACCUGUGCGCUGUUGGUGAUUCCCGGCGGCGCAGACCUGGGAUACGGCCGGACGCUCAAUGGUGCGGGGAACAGGCGCAUUACCCUGUACGUGCGCCGGGGAGGACGGUACUUGGGCCUGUGCGCGGGUGGAUACUAUGGCAGCAAGCGAUGCGAGUUCGAGGUCGGGGAUAAGACUAUGGAAGUUGUGGGGGAGCGCGAAUUGGCGUUCUUCCCAGGGAUUUGUCGGGGCGGGGCGUUUCCGGGGUUUGUUUAUCAUAGUGAGGAUGGGGCGCGAGCUGUCGGCUUGGAUGUUUCGAAGGAGGCUUUGAGUGUGGGUACUGUGCCUGCGACGUUCCGCUCGUACUAUAAUGGUGGGGGUGUAUUUGUGGACGCUGCGUUGUAUAAGGAGAAGGGUAUCGAGGUGCUGGCGAACUAUAACGAGAAGCUUAAUGUGGAUCCUGGAGAGGGUGGUGCAGCUGCUGUUGUCUACUGCAAGGUUGGUGAGGGCGCGGCUGUCUUGACGGGGCCGCAUCCAGAAUUUGCUGCUGCCAACCUUGACCCCAAGGCCGGUGGUCCUGGAUUUGCUGAUCUUGUUGCUGCACUGGCUGCUGACGACAAGGAACGUACGGACUUCUUGAAGGCUUGCUUGACAAAACUUGGGCUGCAAGUCGCAAAGGACAGCUCGGUCGUUCCUUCGUUAUCUUCUCUACAUAUUUCCGGUCAGGACCCUGAGCAGUCGUUAGAGAUUUUGUCGCUUCUUGCACCGGACCUGGCGCAAGAGAAGCAAAACGAGUAUUUAAAAGACGAGAACGAUACAUUCCGAAUUGAGCGACCCGGCACUUGGAAUUUAAGCGACUUGGAGGAGGCCCUCCCUGACGGGGAGUCAAAAUCUACCGAAGGGAUUGUUGAUUACCAGGCAAUCACUAAGCGGCUUGUCUUCCAUGAUGAACUCCCAUCGUCUAAGCUCACACCUUACUUUAACCACCAUGCAUUUUACGCCAAUCUCAAGCAAUAUCAGUCCGAAUCCCGAGAAGGUGCUUCGGAAUUUGGAUCAAACAUAAUGUACGGUGAGGUGGUCACCAGCACCAACACGAUCCUAGAGAAGAAUACCAAACUUCUGCGUCGUCUCCCAAAUGGAUUCACCGCUACAGCGACUGUCCAGGUUGCCGGACGUGGUCGAGGAUCUAACGUUUGGAUCUCUCCCGCUGGCUCUCUCAUUUUCUCGACCGUGGUUAGGCAUCCUAUGGAGAAGAUGCAAUCAGCCCCCGUUAUUUUCAUCCAAUACCUAUCAGCCAUGGCCGUUGUAAGGGGAAUCAAAUCCUACGCCAAAGGCUACGAGAAUCUCCCUGUCAAGCUGAAGUGGCCAAACGAUAUUUACGCCCUCGAUCCGGAAGACCCCGAACAAAAACGCUACACUAAGAUCUGCGGUAUCCUCAUUAACUCCCACUUCAUGUCAAAUGAAUACAUUUCCGUCGUUGGCAUUGGCGUGAACGCUACGAAUGCCUCUCCCACAACUGCACUCACGGCUCUGGCUGCCCGCUACGCUUCCAAUGGCGCCGCUACCGCCCACCCGGUCACUCUAGAGAAACUUCUCGCACGCAUCCUGACUACAUUUGAAGAUCUGUAUACCCGAUUCCUGCGGACGGGCUUUGAUCGUGGAUUCGAGGCUAUGUAUUACCAGGACUGGCUCCAUAUGCAUCAGAUCGUGACGCUAGAAGAAGAGGGUGGCGCUCGCGCCCGCAUCCAAGGUAUUACUCGCGAUUAUGGGUUGUUGAUUGCAGAAGAGCUUGGAUGGGGUGAUCGACCUACUGGCCGAUUGUAUCAGUUGCAGAGUGAUAGCAACAGCUUUGACUUCUUCAAGGGGCUUGUUAAGAGGAAAAUGUAA